GGUUGGUUGGUAAGUGGGACUAGCGGGGACUCAUAGGCACGUAGCGUCCUACGCGAGGCCGCAGUCGGGCGCAAACCCCGAAACAAUCUCAUCGCGGGUUAUCUUCCAUCCACACCGGUCUCUCCGAGCAGCAACACCACCAACAGCACCAACAAUACCAGCUACGAUAACACCAAUAACGACUCGCGAACAGUACGGUUCACGGCCUCGGAAGAGUUGCGGAACGCGGAAGAGGGUGCGCUAUAUAGACGUGCGGAGACGGAAUUUUGUCGUCGCGAUCUUGGGUGCCACAGUUGGUGCCAGUCCGAGUCGCGUGAUCGUACCUGUCGAAUCACCGCCACCGGCGAUUGUCAAACGAUCCCCGUGUACUGUAUUCGAUCGCGGUAGCGCGCGAACCGUAGAGGUUUCCUUUUGCGAGAAAAUCGGUUGAAGCAAUCAGGGAUCAACGAGAAAUCGGAGAACGAUUGGUGGAUUAGAGCCGACUGGUCUACCGGCUUGUCAGUGGCGUGCAGGGAAGUACGCCUUCCUUCUUUCCUAUCAGAGAUCGCGGUCGAGGUCGCGUUCAAGGUGGCGCGAGGACGAAAGUCUAGGUCGAGGGUCAGUCUACCUACGCGCUACACGAGGUUAUAAGCGAACCACCGGUCUAAAGGAAGCGUCGCUUAUAUACUCGUAAGAACUCCUCGAAGGAAGACAAAUUGCACGCGAAAAUACGAUAACGGAAGCGGCAAUUUUCCGUAACAUCGAUACUAUAAGGAUGCGGGCUAUCCAGUGUUACGUUUGCCUCGCGUUGCUGCUGAUGACAGCGUCGGCCGUCCCGGCGUCGUCGAAGGGCGACUCAGCCAAGGUCAAGAAAACCACGGCGACCACGUCCGGAGGAGGCAAGAACACCUCGGCGAUCACCGCGACGACGGCAGCGUCGAGGCCGAUCGCGAACGCCACGUUACAUUCGUCGUCAUCUUCCUCGACCGCAGCGGCGGCGGCGACGACGACGACGACGAGGAUGACGGCGACGGUGCCGCAGACAGUCGCUACAUCCACCACGACGACGCUGAAGCUACCGGCCUCGUCAACGACAAUCGCGGCGACAGGAACGGCGACGGCGACGACGGCGACGACGACAUCUGCGUCGCCGUCGCUAACGUCGUCCACGGCGAGUCUUCCGAGUUCCCGUAUUCCACAGGAUGGCUCGAGUCCCACCUACAUCACCGAGACAUCGCCGAGGAUAAUCUCGCCUACUCAACAUACCGCAGUCACGGUGUUGUCAUCGAGAAAAUCAGCGGCUUCUGCAACCGCCGCAGUCACCGAUGUCACGACCAGUUCGCCUUUGACGGCCAAGGAGACGCGGGAAUCGCCCGGAAAGAUUAGACCGCAAAUCAAACUGACAACAAAUUACACCACCGCCAGCGAGACGGGGGUACGAUUGCCGGAGGGAGCGAGCGCGGCGCUCGCAAAACCGACCAAAUAUCACUACUAUCCGCACAAUCAGCAUAUCUACUUGCUGCCGGAAUGCGCCGUUCAGCAGGUGUGCAAUGCUGUUUACGUUCGAUUGAACUUCACGCAACCGCUGUGCGCCUGUCCCGGAAGGUACCGGGACCCUUGUAGUGCGUCCUUGGACAGCGACGACCUGCACACGACCGAGCUGGUGACCGAUCCGCGAACCAAGGCCUUGACCUUGGUGAAAACGUGCGAGCCGGUCGCCGAGAUGCGAGAGUGCAGAGCGUCGCGGGACUGGUCCCUGUUGGCGUUGCAGAACGUGCGUACGGGAAAGUCUCACUAUCUCGUUAUAUGCCGAUGUCCCGACACAAACAUACUCGAGGGACCUAUGAGCCAUGAUCAACCGACUUACGCCAGCGUCCCGGGUAUUCGAGUGUACGGAAUGAUGUGCGUACAAGGAAACAGAAGGGGACGACCGCUACGAUAUUCGCGCAGUGUUUUUGAACACGCAGAAGACGAAGAGAAACCACGUUUCCCUUGGGACAAGGUGCGACAGUUAUUGGCGACGCCGUCUCUCUGGGAAUAGUUUCGCGAUGCGAUGUCCCAUCCUGUAUCUGCCAUCGACGAAUUUACGCGUUAAUUUAUAAUGCUAUUAUAUUUAUAAUUCUCCCAGCCAUUCGAAUCCCAUGUCCAAACUCUCUUCAUCUUCCUACCAUUUCCCUCUUAUUACUCUCACGCUUCCGUAACCCUCGAACGGGCACAUCAUGAUGUAAAUUAAUGUAAAUUGACAUUAAUUCAUUAUUAAUCUCAUACUAAUUUAUUAUUAAUUUC